UCUUUACGUAUCAGUAAAUAUUGUUGCACAAUACUUGAGGUACAUGAUGAGUAUGAUAAAGAAUUGAUGUAAAGAAACAAUAAUUUAAACAUACCUAAUCUUAAGAUUAAUGUGACUGGUGAUGCAAGUGAUGAAUAUCAAGCUGAACUGUUCACGAUUUCCAAGGUUUAAAAUUGAAUGUAUAAAUAGGGCAAACAUAAAGUUGGAAAAGUGGAUUAUCAGGAAAUUGUAGUUUUAGCGUAUUUCAAUCAGUGAUUUGAAGCCUGCAAAUUCUUUCUUUUUUAAUGUCAAAUCAUAACACCAAUCGUUGAUAGUUAGUGAAGGUGUAAAUUCCUUGACCGUGAUUAGUCAAAAUGGCCCACAGUUCCUUAAUACAAGGCAUCCUUAUAUUUGGGUGCGCUUUCAUAUCAAUAGCCAGAGCAUCCGAUGAUGAUCUUAUCGAAUAUAUGACCAAGGAAGAACGAGAAGCCUUGAAGGAGGAAGCUCGCGAUAUGUUUUAUCAUGGAUACAACGCCUACAUGGAUAAUGCGUAUCCGGCCGACGAGUUGAUGCCACUCAGUUGCAAAGGCAGAUACAGAGGCUCAGAAUCAAACAGAGGAGAUAUUGACACUGCGCUUGGAAAUUUUUCAUUAACGCUGGUAGAUACCAUGGACACUCUUGUGUUGCUGGGUGAUUUAGAAGAAUUUGAAAAUGCAGUAAGGCUGGUUCUAAGAGAUGUGUCUUUUGAUACGGAUGUAAUUGUUUCUGUGUUUGAAACCAACAUCAGAAUGCUUGGGGGACUUUUGAGUAGUCAUAUAUUAGCGGAAUAUUUACAACAACGAGCUGAUAUCAUGCCUUGGUAUAAAGGCGAGCUUUUAACUAUGGCAAAAGACUUGGGUUACAGAUUUUUGCCUGCUUUCAAUACAACAACUGGCAUACCAUAUGGGAGGAUAAAUUUGAAAAAUGGCAUGAAAGGUAUACCGCUUGAAGCUACCAGAGAAACCUGCACAGCUUGCGCUGGCAGCAUGAUUUUGGAAAUGGCCGCAUUGUCCAGAUUGACCGGUGAACCAAUUUUUGAGGAGAAAGCGCAGAGAGCAAUGGACAGUUUGUGGCGAAUGCGUCAUCGAGGUACCGAUCUAAUGGGCUCUGUUUUGAAUGUUAAUUCUGGUGACUGGGUUCGCAGAGAUUCUGGAGUUGGGGCUGGCAUAGAUUCCUACUAUGAAUACUGUCUUAAAGCUUAUAUCCUCCUUGGAGAUGAAAAAUACUUGGGAAGAUUUAACAAGCAUUACCAAGCUGUGAUGAAAUAUAUUAGUCAAGGACCAAUGUUGCUGGAUGUACACAUGCAUCGUCCUAAUACCAAUUCUAAAAACUUCAUGGAUGCAUUAUUAGCUUUCUGGCCAGGCUUGCAGGUUUUGAAAGGAGACAUAAAACCAGCAGUUGAAACGCAUGAGAUGCUGUACCAAGUUAUGCAGAGGCAUAAUUUCAUUCCAGAGGCAUUCACCACAGAUUUUCAAGUACACUGGGGGCAUCAUCCACUGAGACCCGAGUUUUUAGAAUCAACGUAUUUUUUGUAUCGUGCUACGGGUGAUCACUAUUACUUAGGAGUAGGCCGCAAAGUGCUUAGAAGCUUACAAACAUAUGCCAGAGUUCCUUGUGGCUAUGCCGCCGUUUCGGAUGUUCGUACAAACAAACAUGACGACACAAUGGAUAGCUUUGUACUAUCAGAAACAUUCAAAUACUUAUUUCUACUCUUUGCCGACCCUAGCGAAUUGGUACUAGACCCAGAUGAGUUUGUUUUCACUACCGAAGGCCACUUGCUACCUCUUACCUUAGCUUCCAUUGGAUCAAAUACGUCGUUGGGUUUUGAGAAAGACGUAAUUGACGUAGAUGAGUUUGACCGGACCUGUCCAAACAGUCUACAUUUGUUUCCAGCAUCUGUUCGGCAACCGUUGAGAAAUAUGGUGGAAGAUGUCUGCCCGAGACAUCGAACGAUGAAACGAAAAAUAAAUGCUGCUCAAUUUCAAGCAAACAAUUUGGAGCAUCUAUCGCUACUUGGUGACAUGGGUAUCACUAUUCUAACACGAGCUGAUGGCCGUGUUCAGCUUUUGCACACGUUUGCUAAUGCCAACACAGCGCAAGAUGCGGAGGAGGGAUUAUUAUUCAUGCACGAAAUGGUUGAGCUGAGUAAAAUGCAAACGCAGCAAGCAGAAACAAAGCCCCAAGCUGUGACAUUCACGAUGCCGACCUUUCCACAGCAUGAAUUGACCUUGUUGGCUGGCCCAGCGCACUUUGGUCGGGAGCUUCGAGGUCCAAAUAAUAAAGUUACUGGCAAAGUUGUCUAUGCAGACCCUCCAACGGCGUGUACAGAACUUGUUAAUACGGAUAAACUACUUGGAAAAAUCGCUAUCAUGAAUCGUGGAGACUGUAUGUUUGUGGAAAAGGCACGCAGAGUCCAAAAAGCAGGGGCAAUAGCGGGUAUAGUUUUGGACAAUGUCGCUGGUUCAAGUGCUUCAACAUUUCCGAUGUUUGCUAUGUCAGGUGAUGGAAAUGAAGCUGACUAUGUUGUCAUACCUAUUGUAUUCCUAUUUAAUGCCCAGGCUGUGCGCUUAUUGGGUGCCAUGGGUGACGGCGGAGGAGAACUCGUAGUAACUAUAGGAGAAUAUAUCGCAAAAGAGGAGGUCCAGCUUAAAGCUCCUAAUGAUUUGUCAAUGUUUGAAAGACUAAAAGGCAAAUUUAAAGAAUUUGUCGUUCGACAAAUGUCUCCACAGGAAUCGGGACAAUUUUUGUUGAAGCAAAAUCCUGCGAGCGGCAAUACCGCAACUCCAACAAUCAACAAAACGGGUGUCAUACGAGAGGAAGACCAUAAGAUAAUUGUGGAGUUUGAGCACCUGAAAGCCGAAAUUACAACAGACGAAAAAAUCAGUAUAACUAUGAACCCAGACAAAGCCUUGGAAACACUGGACGAGUUGAGUGAGAUAUCAGAGUUUGAAAAGCGGUGGCGAAUCGUUCGGGAAAAGUUUAUCACUCAGAUAUUCACAAUGAGUAAGUUAGGGUCGAGUGUCUGUAUGGAAGGCUUAUCAAUGCGUAUGUACUACGAUGUGGUACAAACCGAACGUGCGUUGCCAUCAGAAAUAGUCAAUCACUCAAUCAGGAUUGCUGAAGGUCCCAUUAGCAUCCAGCAUUUGUCAGAGAAAGUAUUGUGGUUUUUGAAGGAACUCGGGCAAUCGAAACCCGAUACAUCACUUUUUGAUAAAAUUCACGAGAUCCAGAAAUUGUUAAAAAUGCUGGAAGCUGAAAAGAAGCCACCGAUCGAGAAAUUUCUUCGGGAAUUAUUUCAAGGGAAGAAUGAGAUGAUCGAUCCAAAUAUCCCGCGGUUAGCACACAUAGACCUAACUAUUAUACAUACAAGUAAUCCAUUCGGACCAUUGAUGGAUCAGUUAGAGAAGGAGAUAGAUAAUUUAUUAGUAAUGAAUGAUUUGCAAGAAUCAAAAGAAGAUGACAUUGUCAUCGGAGACGCCGAACCUUCGACCAAUAAAGGUAGAGAAAACGAUGAAAAUGUCAGAGGAUUCGGUAAAACCGAGGAAAGCAAUUCCCAAAAGUUAGAUGAUUUUGAGGAGUUUAUUUUAACAGAAAUCGAAAAAGCUGUACAGACGCCCAAUUCCAUUACUUUAUUACAAAGUGAAACCUCAGUAAAUUCUUUGAAAAAUCUAAAUGCUGAUAAACCUGAUGAUACAUCUGCCAAUCUCGAUGCUGUUAUGGUUCCACAUAAUGAGGAUAAUAUUAAGAAUGUGAAGGCGCCACUUGAUGUAGAAAUGUUAGCAAAAGAAUCUGAUCUUCUCAAGAGUAUCGAAAUAAUAUACAUGACUAGAGAAAAAGUGUUACAGGAAAUGCACCGAGAGAUCAGCAACUCUCGAAAUAGUAUGGUGGAUAAACUGAAUAGGAAAGGUAUCAAGCCACAUAAUAUACCUCGUGAAGAGGAGCAAUCUAGCGAUCCUCUGAACGACUUGAAAAAACCUGUGUGGGCAUCUGAUAAAGAAAAAGUAGCAAAAGAGUUUUCUGAGUUUCAGGAAAGAUCUGGCAUAACAUCUAAAGAGUAUACAGUGUUAGAAAGAAACAAUCUUGAAUAUCGAGAAAAAAAAUAUGUUGGUGCUCCUGAAGAAAAAGAAAAUUUCAACUCUAUGGACAGUGAAAAACAUAUCAACGAUGAAUUAUAAUGAUUGUAUUUGGACUCAUAGGCUUCAUAAUUGUGUAUAAAAGUUUAGCCGGAAAUUGUCCGUGAUGUUGAAUAGCAGCCGGUGUUUUACGAUCAUAAAAAAAAGUUUCAAACUUUGUAGCUCAAGGCUUGAGUGACAAGAGUUUCAACAUCUCCUUUUUUCAAUAGAUCAGUUAAAACGAAUAAAAAACAAUUCGGUGUAAACACAACGACUGUCAUCCUUACGUUAUAUUAUCUAAUUCUGUGCAACAAUCCGUUGAUUUUAGCUCUUAAACUAAUGGUGCUUUUGAACAUAAACUCCAUGCUAUAAUUAAUCUUGUUAUGAUGUGUAAACUGAUGAAAGCCCUUCCAAUUUCAACAUGAUUUGAGGCUUUUAUAUCGAGGGUGACACGGUUUUGAGUGAGCCAUCACAGGUACCUAAUGUAAAUGGUAUAAGAUUACUGGAGACAAAACAUUCAAUGCAUGAAUUUAAUUUGAUCAGCUAGUAACAAAUAAUAUCUUCUUUAUUAAACAUUAAAGGAUGCAGUAGAACAACAUCAUGUAAUCGGUAUUUGACGAAGAGUUUAUAUUUUUUCCUGAUUCUCUAUAGCACCAGAGAAAGCAUUUUCAAUUUCGAUCAUUUAUUUUUUAUUCUGUAUCACAAUGUAAAGUGAUAGAUAAAUAUCAGUGGAAAAAAGUAGUAUUUAACAAACAUUUUCAGCGAUUGAUCAACAGUUUUAUAGUGAAAUUGUUUAAAAAAAAAUAUUUCAUCUAUGUACCAAAAGCUUUAUCAAUUAGUUUGAAGGACAACUGUGCCUGUUGCAGUUAGUGUUGCAGAGUAGGAUUUGUCUGCAUAUAAUACUAAAGAUUCAACAGAAAGUUAGUUUUCUUGAUCUAAUUCCGUUUGAUUCAACUAGCUGAUAUAUGAAAGGGAGUUAUGCACAGAGAAUAAAAUAUGUGUGCGAUCAAGUUGUAAUGAAUAAAGUGAGCCAACGAAUUUCACUAGAAUGUGCGUAAAUCAUGUGCGUCUAAUGUACUUAUAUAUCUUUACAAAAUAUAUACACACAGUUAAUUUGCCAACUAAUGGAACUGUUGAAUCGGUACUACUUUGCAUCAACUGUUUUAUAAUUAUCAUGUACAGAAUCUGUGAUCAAUUAAAUCCGCUUAUCACUUUUGAAAUGAUAGAAAACACGUUAUAAAGUUCGAUAUGGUUCUAACUAAUAGUUAAUUUCGAAAAUUUUGAAACAUCCGAGGUCAAUACAACAGAUUAUUGAGCACAAUAAUGUGUCGCUUAAUCAUUGCUAGUUGAUACUUAUAUUUGUAUGUUUUCUGCUGAGAGAGAGUACGCGUAUAACUCGUAAGUGUAAAUAAGAUUCUGAGGUGUAAAUCAGCUCAUUACCCUGCACUAUUAUACAGUUCAACUAUUCUUGGAUGUAAAGUGAGGGAAAGAUCACUGAAUUAUUAAUAACUAUCUGCCAAAAAUAACAUAAGGAAGUUUAAGAUUGAUAACUGAACUGAAGUGACUAUUCAUUUUUGUAAUAUGCUUAAUUGUGUACAUACUAAAUAAUUAUGCAACAAGAAAUACAGAACCGUAUUAUAGAAAACAUAGUCUAGGUAGAGUUUAUGGAAAAAGGUUUUUGGUAAUGAGGGUAUAUUAUAUUGAAUAGAAAUUAAAUGACACUUGAAAAUGAAUAAAAAUUAUCGUUGCGAAUCA